AUGGCCACGGGCACCCUUGACCACAAAGCGAAAUCGAAACCUCCAAGGCCGAAGAAGCGAAUAUGUUUUUCAUUCGCAGCGUACGCCAGCGACCUCCUUAAUUGCCUCAAAGCCUCGAAGGUGGUAAUCGACGAAGGACUCUCCGACGCAGAAUUCUCAAACAUCGAAUCCAAAUUGAAAUUCUCCUUCCCACCGGACCUACGCGCGAUCCUCCAACAAGGCCUUCCCGUUUCCCAAGGCUUCCCCAAUUGGCGUUCCUCAUCGACACAGCAACUCCAAAUUCUCCUCAACCUCCCCGCCUCAUCGAUUCUGCGUCGCGUCUCCAACGGGCCCUUCUGGCCACCUUCGUGGGGUCCAGCACCGCCCGACCCGACCCGACUCAUUGCCCGAUUGUUGCAUGAUGCACCGCCGCUCGUUCCGAUUUACCGCCAUUGUUACAUUCCCUCCUCCCCCGACGCGGCCGGGAACCCUGUUUUUUACGUCGACAACGAAGGUGAUGUUCGCUUGCUGAGCUUUGAUGUGGCGGGGUUUUUCCGGGAGUUUCUGGCGCGGGGGCCGGAGGAGCCGGUGUGGGCGGCAACGGAGGCGAGGAGGGUGAGGUUCUGGUCGGAGGUGGCGAACGGGCGGUGCGGGGGGUGGUGGUGGUGGGGCGGCGAGAAGGGGGAGCUGGGAGGGUGUCUGGAGAGAUUGGUGUGGAAAUUACGCGAGGGAGGGUGGACGGAAGAGGAGAUAGGGGAGAUGAUGACGGUGGAAGAAGAGAACAAGUUGAAAUUCAAUGACAAAGAGGCAAUGGCGUGGCACGUCAGAGUGUUGUCCUUGGUUUUGCUGCGUGGGGGAUGGAACAGGGAGGAUGUGGUCUAUUCCCUGGGUGUCGUUGCUCAUCAAGAUCAACUCAACGCCUUCUAA